AUGCUCAUUCCUGCACGCAGGACCGCCAAGGCAAUGGGCGGGGUACCACAGCCGAGCCUUGUCUCCCUGCAGGUGUUCGGCUUCCUGAACCUGGUGCUCUGGGUCGGCAACCUGUGGUUCGUGUUUAAGGAGACAGGCUGGGCCGCCCCGUUCCUGCGCGCGCCUCCCGGCGCCCCCGAGAAACAACCGGCACCCGGGGACGCCUACGGAGAUGCGGGCUACGGGCAGGGCCCCGGCGGGUACGGGCCCCAGGAUUCCUACGGGCCUCAGGGCGGCUACCAGCCUGACUAUGGUCAACCAGCCGGCGGCGGUGGCGGUGGGUACGGGCCUCAGGGCGACUAUGGGCAGCAAGGCUACGGCCCCCAGGGUGCACCCACCUCCUUCUCCAAUCAGAUGUAGUCUGGUGAGUGACCGGCGAGCGGUGCAGCCAAGGAGGGUACAAGAAACGAGACGAGCGGUUCAGUGAACCAAUAAGAGUCAGGGGUAAAGAGUACGUAAGGCGUUUACUGGGGCAAGUAAGGACUGAAGUUUGAAGGAGGCAAUCAAGAGGCAGAGCUACCUGCUAAGAGCUGAAAAACUAGCCAAUGAAUGGAGAAAAGAAGAAUGGUGCUUCAAGAUGGACAGAAUGAAGAGCCAAUAGGAGGGAGGUAGAAGUGCAACUCCGGGGAAAGGCGGGGGGAGAGAAGCAGAGCAACCAAUAAAGGGAGGGAAUAUCGGGGACUUGCGCAAUGGCAAGUCAGCGGAGCGCAAGUGUCACAGAAGCGACGAGGAGGUGGGUCUUAGAAGUGACUGAUAAGCCAAUAGGUGAUAAGGCCAAUAGAUGGUGAGGGUAAAUGGGCGUGGAUCUUGAAGGUCAGACGAGCUCACCAAUCCGGGAGGAGGGGAUACAUCUGCCGCCUCUCCCCAACGCUCGAGGGGAGGGAAGUAGUGUGGAACUUCAAAGGAGGAAGAGGGACGGCGUGGGGUCCUGGAAAGGCUUGCCAGCCUUCUUGCUGGGCCUUAAAAGAGAAGUGAGAGUCGGGCUCGGUGGCUCACCCCUGUAAUCCCAGCACUUUAGGAGACCGAGGCGGGCGGAUCGCUUGAGCCCAGGAGUUCGAGACCAGUUUGGGCAACAUGAUGAAACCUCGCCUCUACAAAAAAUACAAAAAUUAGCUGGGCGUGGUGGCGUGCAUCUGUCCCAUCUACUUGGGAGGUUGAAGUGGAAGGA